AUGGUUGGGAGGGGGGUUUUGACUACAAACUUAUCAAAUUUAGUAAUCUUAAUACUAUUAUUAGCUAUAACUUUUGGAGGCACAUUAUUAUCUCAUAAUUGGUUAUUAUAUGAAGGAGUAUUAUUAUCAUGGGACUUUGUUUCUUACAAAUUAUUGAUAACACUUAAUUGCUCAUCAAAAAGUAGGAAAUUUUUAAAAUUUUGUAAUAGAGGCCUUAAACGAAUUCAUGGAGAUUUUGCUAAUGUGGUUAAUGGAAUAUGUGUACCACCUAGUAAAUACGAAUUUUUAAAUAAAGCUUGUAAUGAUGCAAAAUAUCUUACAACUUUACUAAAUAUUGUAUUUAUCAUUCUAAUAAGUUCAAGUGUAAUACUUACUCUAAGUAUGCUACUCUGGUUUAUAUAUAGUAGGAGUAUCAAUAUAUCGGAAAGAAUAAAUAAUGGUAUAAAAGAAAUAGCACUAAAUUCUCCACCGAAAAUAUUAUUGGCAUAUAUUGCAGUGAUAUUAAAUAUGUCUUCUAUAGUGGCAAUUGUUAUUGUUUGUAUUAUCAUCUUUUAUUGUAGUAAUAAUUUACCAAGUCUUCUUGUGUUUCAUUCUCCAUCACCAAUUUAUACAAUAGAAUCGUUAGAUGGAUCACUUUCAUGGGGAUUUUACUUAUUAGUUUUUAUACUUAUCUUAUUAAUAAUUCAAAGUUUUACUUUAGGGGAUUCAUUAUUAUUUAUUAAAAAUCUAUAUACUCAGAAGUGUAGUUGGCAUAAUCAAUUAGAUAAAAGAAAUGUAAAUGCUAGAGAAACAGUAUCUAUUUCCCCAAAUAACCAAGAAAGAUUUUUUAUAACUAACUCACGUCCUAUAUUAAAUAAUACUAAUUUAUCUUCGUCUACAUCUAACAAUCAACAAGAUACAUAUGAAUCUCAACCAUUAAUACCACAAAAUACUCGAAAUCCUAGAUCUAUUUGGGCAUUUUAUCCAAUUAAUAAUCUGCCAAGUUAUAAUCCUUAUAUUAGUUUUGGUUUUUGA